AUGGAAAAUUUAGCCCAAGAGCGUAAAGGGAUUGAUUUCAGCGUAAAAGACCUUACAAACCUGAUAUACGGCCCUAAUAUACCAAAAAUCAUAGAAAGGUGGAAUAUUCUGGCAAAUGACCCAGUCACCAAGAACACGCCUGACCUUUAUUGGCUUUCAAGGAAACAAUCAUUAAAUAAAGCCUACCAAAAAGUGAAAUUUGUAUUGGACAAGUGAAAAGUCUAUGAUGAAAAACAUGAAGAAAUCAUAUGGGACAUGUUUAAACACAUAGGCCCUACACCAUUUGAUACUCAUUUCACGAUGUUUCGGCUUGCAAUUCAAGCAUUAGGAAGUCCUAAGCAGCGCUACAAGUGGCUGAAAUUAAUUAAAGAAAAUAAAGUCAUAGGGUGUUAUGCACAAACUGAAAUAGGGCAUGGGUCUGAUGUGAGGAAUAUAGAAACGACAGCUGUUUAUGAUAAAUCGACACAAGAGUUUAUAAUAAAUUCGCCUACAGUAUCAGCGUCGAAAUUUUGGAUUGGAUCGUUAGGACUGACAGCGAACCAUUGUGUGGUCUUUGCAAAGCUGAUUAGUGAUGGGAAUAAUUAUGGAGUCCAUCCUUUUAUAGUCCAAAUAAGGUCAAUGGAGUCACACCACCCAUUAAAAGGCAUCACUUUAGGCGAUAUUGGGCCGAAAUUAGGCUGGGGAAGAGUUGAUAAUGGAUUUUUGCAGCUUCACUCUGUAAGAGUCCCUAUGGAAAAUUUGCUAUCAAAAUAUGGAAGAAUUAGAAGGGAUGGGACUUAUUAUUCCCCGCCGUUUGCAAAUAUGAGGUUUUUUGUUAUGAUGGAGAUCAGAGUUGGGAUUAUAAGAGACUGCUCAAGACACCUAGCCAAAGCACUUAUAAUAGCUGCAAGGUAUUGUUUUAAUAACACAGAAAAUCUAGAUUCAGAUGGCAAACCUAUGAAAAUAAUUGACUAUCAAGGGUAUCAAUAUUCUUUAAUUCCUGCAAUCGCGAAUUGUUAUGCAAUUUAUUUGACGAGUCAUAAGGUAAAACAAAUGAACAUUAAUAUGUUGCUAAAGCUCAGAGCAGGAGAUCUAAGCUACGUCAAAGAAAUGCAUAGCAUAGCGUCUGGGCUGAAAUCAUUAUUUACUUCACAGACGCUUAAAGAUAUAGAAAAAUGCAGAGAAGCUUUAGGGAUGCAUGGGUAUUCAUUACUAUCAGGACUUCCUACCAUUUAUCUCGAUUUUUCUCCAUCAGUCACGUAUGAAGGCGACAAUACAGUCUUAAUGCUCCAGUGUGCUUCAUUUUUACUAAAAGCUAUAAAAGGCUUAAAAGCAGGCCAAAAAUUGCGUGAUUCUUUGCAGUAUUUAAACUACAUAGACAUUUAUAUGAAACAUACCUGCAAAGUAAAAUCAUUAAGAGACCUCGCCAAUGUGCUAUCAUUUGAAGAAUUUUUGAGGGUCAGAUCUUGCUACGUCGCGAAAAGGACUUCAGAAAGGUUUGCAAGAGAAAUGGAUGAAGGGUUCCCAUUUAUUGAAAUUUUCUACGAAAGAGCUCAAUCAGACCUAAUUGAGAUGGCUAAGGCCCAUUUAGUGCUUUUUGUGUUUUUGCAGUUUAAAGAUGCAGCGAUGACCCAAAAAGGAAAAACCAAAAAAGUGCUAUUGAAAUUAUGCGAGCUAUAUGCAGCUAUUUAUAUUAAAGAAGGAAUAGCUGAAUAUUAUGAAUGCGGGUUUUUUACUAAUGGGAAACCUGAAGAAAUUUUAGAUGAAAAAAUAGAAGUCCUGCUGAGUGAGCUAAGAUAUGCGGUAAUUGGACUAACUGAUGCAUUUGGGUAUACAGAUAAUGCGCUUAACUCAGCAUUUGCAGGAGACAAAGACGGAUUAGAGACUCUACAAAACUGGGCUGAAAAAUCUACUUUUAAUACAGAAAAGGCGUUAAAGAACUUCAAAUCAAUGGUGCAGCCUAACUUUAUUGAGCCAAAAUUAUAG